AUGGGCCACCUAACGCAGAAUACCAAUAGCUCGAUGUCGAGUAGCCUGAACAGCUCGAGCAGCAGGUCCAGCACAAGGUCCUUUUCUUGUGCAACCGUAUGCGACGAAUGCGUAUUCCAUGCUACCGUCCAAGGACACAAUCUAUAUCAAGGGCCCAGAGGCGUUCCCAUUCAGGUUCACAUCCUUCGUCGUGCCGAAUACCCUCACACCCCCUAUCUCUACUGUUACAGCAAUGAUCAAGUCGAUAACUACAUCGAAUUCCCAGCCUACCGACCUGCAUUAGUUCGACAAACGACCGGGAUAGACGAUUCUUCAAAUUCGGAACCAACAUACAAGCCAGCUCCUAUCGUCUCUGCUGAAAAUAGUCACCAUAUCGCAGAGAUAAUCUACGACUUCGAUUUUGGGGAGGUCACUUUCGAUGAAGGGAGACGAGUCGCCCUGUUUCAUGUUAGGCCGAGUUGGGUGGGGAGACCGGUGAAUUUGAUACUGAAUUUUGAUUCGCACAGUUUGGCGACACAAUUCAUGAGACAUUUGCUGGGAGCCAUUGCUUAUGAUAGUGCGGGAGAGACAAGUUGUUUAUACUUUGAACCGAGGAGUUUUCGAUUGGCAAAGGUGGGAUCGAAAUACCCUCCUCACGAGGGUUUGAAAGACAGGACAUCUAUAAUUCAGAUCUACAAGGAUGUGAAUGAGAGGAGAAGAGGGGCGAUGACCUUUGGCGAAGGUCCUUGUUUUUCGGGAUGGUUUCAUGGCCACCCGAGAACACCAGAAAAUCCUCCAUCGAUGGAUAUAAUUAUGACGAUGCAAAUCACAGUCGUUGGGCGAAAGGUUCAGAGCGCAAGGUAUACCGGAAAGUGGGAUGACGCACAACAAGCGCUUUACCUUUCGAAGUUCAAAUAUAAUGUCGAGUCACAAGUCGAUAUUUACUUCCAGGAUAUCACAGAUAUGUCGAGCGACUUCGCUAGAAUCGCCUCAGGGUUUAUCCGUGGCCAAAUCCUUUGCGAACGAGACGUCGACUUUGUAUUCCAAACAAACUAUGGCCUCCGCGAGGAAGAGAAGCGGGAUGCCACCCUUUACCUCUGUCACCGCUCAUCCGGUGAUAUCGCCUUCCAACGCCUCAUCCGUCCGAAGAUGUAUGGAAAACCAGCAAAAAACCUCAACAUGAUGGUGGAAGAAGAAGGUUAUCCCACGAAAUGCGCACUGGUAUUAUAUCUUCGAUACAAGAAUUGGGCCCAAGUAGUCGAGGUUUCGGCGUGUGAUGUCAAAAGGGAUAACAUCGAUCCUUGCACUAUCCGACUUACAAAUCAACCACCUAAACCGAGGAGAGUUUAUGUUGGAGAGGAAGAUUCAGACCGCUUUCCGUUCUGGUCCCUAGACGACUAUCUAAAACAAGAAGAUUCAUUCCAGCUGGCGAGGAUUCGGUUUAAAACUCGGGAGGAUACAGACUUCUUUAUCCGACAGAAGAGCAUAUUACACUCUCGAGGCUGCAACCUAUGCAAGACUCGAAGUCGAAGGAUGCUAGCGGCGAGUUUACCACCAGAUGACAUUCAAACUAGUCUAAAGACUUGCUUGAUGUCGAGUUUGGCGGUUGCAUCUCUAAUUACCUUACUCCCCGAGGAUGAGGAAACCAGUCAACUCAUACACCCAUAUAGCCAUACCGUUAAGACCUUUUUACAAAGGCAAAAGAAGUCGCUCGGACAGUAG